AGUCACCGAAGCGACCGAUCUAGCAAUUGUACCUCAACGAAUGAUUACCUGUAUAUCUAUCUGCAUAUCUAUAUAUAUAGUCAUCCAGGUUAAGCACGUUGAUACUUGUGGCGAGAGAGAAGCAGAGCAUAACAGAGAGAAGGAGAAGGAUGGGGAGCAAGAGCGGCAGUUCGCGAGCGAUAACGUGCAAAGGGGUGGUGUGCUGGGGAGCAGAGGAGGAAUGGAGGGUGGAGGAGAUUCAAGUGGAUCCCCCCAAGGGGAGCGAAGUGAGGAUGAAGAUGCUGUUCGCCAGCAUUUGCCACACCGAUCUCCUAUACUCCCAGGGUUUCCCUUUGCCGCUUUACCCUCGAGUUCUCGGCCAUGAAGGUGUUGGGAUUGUGGAGAGUGUUGGAGAGGAAGUAGAGGAGUUGAAGGAAGGAGAUGUGGUUAUUCCCACCUACGUUGGAGAAUGCAGAGAGUGCGAGAACUGCAAAUCCGAUAGGACAAACUUGUGCCUCCGAUAUCCGCUUUCUGUAAAUGGCGUGUUGCCGGAUGGCACGUCCAGAAUGUCGAUCCGAGGCCAGGCCCUGUACCACCUCCUCUCUUGCUCCACCUGGUCUGAGUACACGGUCUCCGACGCCAAUUACGUCGUGAAGGUCGACCCUGGUGUAGCUCUCCCGCAUGCUAGCCUCUUGUCGUGCGGAUUCUCCUCUGGGUUCGGUGCUGCUUGGAUGGACUCUAAGGUCGAGAGCGGCUCCUCCGUGGCUGUGAUCGGCCUCGGUGCUGUUGGACUCGGGGCCAUAGGAGGAGCAAGAGCGCAAGGGGCGACUACCAUAAUCGGCGUGGACAAAAACGGGAUGAAAAAGGACAAGGGAGAAGUCUUUGGAAUGACUCAUUUCAUAAAUCCAGACGAUCACAAGUCUUCCGAUGGCACGCAUUCGAAGUCCAUCUCUGAGAUGGUGAAAGACUUGACGGGCGGAGCUGGCGUGGACUACUGCUUCGAGUGCAGCGGAGUACCCAACUUGAUCGACCAGGCCCUAGAAGCCACCAAAGUGGGGAAAGGCAGGGCAGUAGUACUGGGGGCAGGGCCGACACAUGUCGUGGAGAUUAAUUUCAUGGGGCUGAUGAUGGGCAGAACGUUGAAGGGAACCAUUUUUGGAGGACUCAAGAGCAAGACCCACCUGCCCCUCCUUGUCCACAAAUCCAAGGAUGAGGAGAUCCCUCUCGAUGAACUUCUGACCCACGAGAUGAAAUUGGAGGACGUGCCGACAGCACGUGAGGUCCUGAAGCGGUCGGACUGCGUCAAGAUUUUGAUCAAGAUUUAGUGCCCUAUUUUGCCUAUUGCCUCCUGCCCUUGCUUUCUCGAAUUUCCUAGUACGAUAUUGACCGUGCUUUGUUUACUGUUGCACUCGCUCGUGUGAAAAUCCGAUAAGAUAUUUUUGUUUUUAUUUUUUUUUUACAAGAAUAAGAUAUUAUUGUUGGAGUUCA